AAAUCCAAAUUAUCCUCUACUGCAUGUGCACACAGAAAUUGAAAAUAAAUGGCUUUUAAAUCAUUCACUUUUAAAUUGGAUUUUUCCUAUUUGAGAAUUUUCGUGGUCCACAGUUCAAUUCCAAAAGUCCACGAGAAGACUCAAGUCUUUCACCUAAAAGAUUACUGUAAAAGGUUUCUAUGUUCAUCGAACUUCAAACUACAUAACUCUCUUAUCAGCGUUUCUCAGACUAAAAAUAAGCCAAAAUUCUGCUUUUUAUACCUCCAUUUUUCAUGGAAAAGCUUCAGUUCUAUAAAAUCCAUCUCCCUCCUUUUGCUGCUCUUCUUUUUCUGCAUCAGUUUCUCUCUGUGGCUUACUCUCUCACAGAUAAUUACUUCAUCAACUGUGGCACAGCUACCAACGCCAACCCCAACGCCAACACAGACCGGUAUUUCGUUGGGGACUUGAAUUCCAGUGAUUCGAUCUCCUCUUCAUUUUCUUUUACAGAGCACAACAGCCCCGUCGCAAACAGCAACCAGCCUUCAGGUACAUCAUCAACUCUUUAUCAGACAGCAAGAAUUUUCAGAAGCAACUCUUCCUAUAAGUUUCAUAUCCUAAAUAAUGACAUCUAUUUUGUACGCCUUCAUUUCUUUGCAUUCUCAACCCCAACUGACCUCUCCACGGCUCUUUUUGAUGUAUGGACUUCUGGGUCCUCACUGUUGCUUAAUUUCACUGGCAAAAACAGUAGCAACUCUCCUAUAAUAAAGGAAUUCUUCCUUCCCAUCUCUCCCGGAAAAUUCAAUGUGUAUUUUUUGCCUCGAGGAUCGUCUUUUGCGUUUAUAAAUGCAAUAGAAGUCUUCCCUGCCAAUGAUAGUUACAUACCUGAUGAAGCAAAGCAAAUUAGUUCUGCAGGAGGUAACAAUACUUACAGGGGUUUGAGAUCUUGGACAUUACAGACCAUUUACAGGAUCAAUGUUGGAGGCCCUAAAAUCACACCAGAGAACGAUACACUUUGGCGAAACUGGGUUCCAGACGAUGGUUAUCUCGUUAAUUCAGGAAGUGCAACCCCUGUCAGCCACCCCGGUGAGCCUAAUUACGGGGGAAAUGUCAGUGAAAGCAUCAGUCAAUUUACGGCCCCAACUCUCGUCUACCAGACUGCAGCAGAACCGAAGAAUACCAGUGGCAAUUUCAACUUAACCUGGUCUUUCAAUGUUGAUAAGAGUGCUGACUACCUUGUUCGAGUUCACUUCUGUGAUAUUAUCAGUGAAUCAGCUAACAUUCUAAAUUUCAGUCUUUAUAUUUAUAAUAAUUUCAGUAUGUUGAUCGAUCCUUAUGAGUAUGGUUACCAGUUAGCUGUUCCGUUUUACAUCGAUUUUGUGGUUCAUUCUGAUGAUUCUGGACAUUUGAAUAUCGGUAUAGGCCCUUCGGUAGAUACCAUUAAAAACAGUGCCUUUCUGAAUGGGCUGGAAAUAAUGAAGAUACUGGGGAAUUCAGGCAUUACAUUGAGCUUGCAAGAGCAUGAGAAAAAAUAUGUUUUUAUUAUAGUUGGUUCAAUUCUUGGAGGGUUAGGCUUAAUCUGCAUUUUGGUAGCUGUGUUCUUUUUGGUUUUCAGAUGCAGGAAGCCGAAGUCUAUUGAAACUUCAGACUGGUCGCCACUAACUGGAGGAGGGAGUUCUCAUAGCAGGAUGACUGAGGGAACCAUCCCUAAUAUGAAUCUCGGGUUAAAGAUACCAUUUUCUGAAAUUCAAUUGGCAACAAAAAACUUUGACCAGAAAUUGAGGAUUGGUAAGGGUGGCUUUGGGAUCGUCUAUAAAGGAACUCUCAAGAAUGGCACAAAAAUUGCUGUGAAACGUAGUGAUCCAGGGUCUGGCCAAGGUCUUCCAGAAUUCCAAACAGAGAUCAUGGUUCUGUCAAAAAUUCGCCACCGCCAUCUUGUGUCCUUGAUUGGGUAUUGUGAUGAGAGGUCUGAGAUGAUACUUGUCUAUGAAUUCAUGGCCAAUGGGACUUUAAGGGAUCAUCUGUAUGCUUCGGAUAAGCCACCUUUGUCAUGGAAACAAAGGCUUGAAAUUUGCAUUGGUGCAGCCAGGGGUCUUCAUUACCUCCACAAAGGGUCAGCGGGGGGAAUCAUACACCGUGAUGUUAAGCCCACUAACAUCCUGCUUGAUAAGAAUAAUGUUGCUAAAGUUGCCGAUUUUGGUCUUUCAAAAUCGGGUCCUCUUGAUGAUACUCAUGUCAGCACAACUGUCAAAGGCACGAUUGGUUAUCUUGAUCCCGAGUAUUUUAAAUCCCAACAGUUGACAGAAAAAUCUGAUGUCUACUCAUUUGGUGUAGUUCUUCUUGAGGUGCUAUGUGCAAGGCCAGCAAUAGAUAGCACGCUUCCAAGAGAGCAGGCAAAUUUGGCAGAAUGGGCAAUGCUCUGCAAGAAUAAAGGGUUGCUAGAAGAUAUUGUUGAUCCUUCACUCAAGGAUCAGAUCGAUCCAAACUCCCUAAGAAAAUUUAUUGAGACAACAGAGAAAUGUUUACAAGAAUGCGGCACUGAUCGCCCUACCAUGGGUGAUAUAUUGUGGGACUUGGAAUAUGCAUUACAGCUUCAACAAACAGCAAUGCCAAGAGAGCCACAGGAAGACAGCACAGUUGGUGGUUCUGCAGCAUUGGCAAUGCCCAAUGUUUGGAGGUUUCCUUCAAUUAGUAUGUCUAUUGAGAGAGAUGAUAUGCCUGCUAUAAUGGAUGAUGGCUCCUACACUAGAGAUAGUGAAGUUUUCUCCCAGUUAAAAGCUGAUGGUAGCAGAUAAUGUUAUUUGGUUUUCAAGAUCUAGUGACGCAGCUGAAGUUUCUUUAUCCUCUACAAACUAUGAUAAGUACACCUUUGUGAACUUAACUUUGUAUUUUGGGUGGCAUUAGCACUUUUUCUAAUUGUAAAGCAGCAUUAUAAUAGUAGAUUAGUUACAUAUU